GCGCCUCCCGGGGGUGCAGCCGGGCUCCUGGGCUCUUUUCAUAGACGCACCAGCAAUUGGAUACAGAAAGGGCAGGCCUGCUGCUCCCUCCUUCCACCCCCCUUCCUGCCCUGGGUGUGGAGCGCCGGCCAGGUGUGGGCUUGGGUGGCUGGUUACCGCCUUUUGCCCUGGCGGCCGCGAGGAGGGGGGUGGGCGCUUUCUUUUUCUCUUGGAAGAGGGUUUUAGCGCAGGUUUUCUCGUUCUCACUUCCAACCCCACCUCGCCACCUCCCGACCCCCCUCUCCCCCCUCCCCACCUAUCGUCAUGACGGCGUCUCCCGAUUACUUGGUGGUGCUUUUUGGGAUCACUGCUGGGGCCACCGGAGCCAAGCUGGGUUCGGAUGAGAAGGAGCUGAUCCUGCUGUUAUGGAAAGUCGUGGAUUUGGCCAACAAGAAGGUGGGACAGUUGCACGAAGUACUAGUUAGACCGGAUCACUUGGAACUGACGGAGGAUUGUAAAGAAGAAACUAAAAUAGACGCCGAAAACCUGUCUUCCGCGCCGCAGCUGGACCAAGCCCUCCGACAGUUUAACCAGUCAGUGAGCAAUGAACUGAAUAUUGGGGUAGGGACUUCCUUCUGUUUGUGUACCGAUGGACAGCUUCAUGUCAGGCAGAUCUUGCAUCCCGAGGCUUCCAAGAAGAAUGUAUUACUACCUGAAUGCUUCUAUUCCUUUUUUGAUCUUCGAAAAGAAUUCAAGAAAUGUUGCCCUGGUUCACCUGAUAUCGACAAGCUGGACGUGGCAGCAAUGGUGGAGAGUCUCAACUUUGAGAAGAAUGACGCCGUCUCCCGAUACGGAGCCUCUCAGGUGGAAGACAUGGGGAACAUAAUUUUAGCAAUGAUCUCAGAGCCUUACAAUCACAGAUUUUCAGAUCCAGAGAGAGUAAACCACAAAUUUGAAAGUGGCACUUGCAGCAAGAUGGAACUCAUUGACGACAACACAGUGGUGAGGGCUCGAGGUUUGCCCUGGCAGUCUUCGGAUCAAGACAUCGCACGGUUCUUCAAAGGACUCAAUAUCGCCAAGGGAGGCGCAGCACUUUGUCUGAACGCUCAGGGGCGGAGGAAUGGAGAAGCACUGGUUAGGUUUGUAAGUGAGGAGCACAGAGACCUAGCGCUGCAGCGGCACAAACAUCACAUGGGGACCCGGUACAUCGAGGUUUACAAAGCAACAGGUGAAGAUUUUCUUAAAAUUGCUGGAGGGACGUCCAAUGAGGUAGCCCAGUUCCUCUCCAAGGAAAAUCAAGUCAUUGUCCGCAUGCGGGGGCUGCCCUUCACAGCCACAGCGGAAGAGGUGGUAGCCUUCUUCGGACAGCAUUGCCCCAUCACUGGAGGAAAGGAAGGCAUCCUCUUCGUCACCUAUCCAGAUGGCAGACCGACAGGAGAUGCUUUUGUGCUCUUUGCUUGUGAGGAAUAUGCUCAGAACGCCCUGCGGAAGCAUAAGGACUUGCUGGGUAAAAGAUACAUCGAGCUCUUCAGGAGCACGGCGGCGGAAGUUCAGCAGGUGCUGAACCGAUUCUCCUCAACGCCUCUGAUUCCACUUCCAACCCCUCCCAUUAUCCCAGUACUACCUCAGCAAUUUGUGCCCCCCACAAAUGUAAGAGACUGUAUACGUCUGAGAGGUCUUCCCUAUGCUGCCACAGUAGAGGACAUUCUGGACUUCCUGGGGGAGUUUUCCACAGAUAUUCGUACGCAUGGGGUUCACAUGGUAUUGAAUCACCAGGGACGCCCGUCAGGAGAUGCCUUUAUCCAGAUGAAGUCUGCAGACAGAGCGUUCAUGGCUGCACAGAAGUAUCAUAAAAAAACCAUGAAGGACAGAUACGUUGAAGUCUUUCAGUGUUCAGCUGAGGAGAUGAACUUUGUGUUAAUGGGGGGCACUUUAAAUCGAAAUGGCUUAUCCCCACCGCCAUGUAAGUUACCAUGCCUGUCUCCUCCCUCCUACACAUUCCCAGCUCCCACAGCAGUGAUUCCUACCGAAGCUGCCAUUUAUCAGCCGUCUCUGCUCUUCAGUCCACGGGCGCUGCAGCCCUCCACCGCAUACUACCCAGCAGGCACUCAGCUCUUCAUGAACUACACAGCGUACUAUCCCAGCCCCCCAGGUUCGCCUAAUAGUCUUGGCUACUUCCCUACAGCUGCUAAUCUUAGCAGUGUCCCGCCCCAGCCUGGCACGGUGGUCAGAAUGCAGGGCCUGGCCUACAAUACUGGAGUUAAGGAAAUUCUUAACUUCUUCCAAGGUUACCAGUAUGCAACCGAGGAUGGACUUGUACACACAAAUGACCAGGCCAGGACUCUACCCAAAGAAUGGGUUUGUAUUUAAGGGCCCAAGCAGUUAGAUCGUCCUCAGAAAAGAAGUGUUUGAAAGACGUAUGGUGAUCCUGAAACUAUCAGACAAGAAAACUUCGAGCAAUUUCAGGGGAUAUUUGUCUACACUCAGGCUGCAGUAUUUUCAGCCAACACAACUGGAUAGUAGGCCUGCGCCUCAACUUUUGGUGGAGUGAAAAAUGUUGAGCCAGUGAAACCAUAUCUUAAUAGCGAGUGGCAUGCACACACCUGGCUCCUUGCUGAGUGCAAAGAGGAAUUAAAAUGUGAAUUUGAAGUCAAUCGUCUCACUUCCAGCUAAAGUGGCAUCAAUUAUUUCCUCAGUUUAAGUCUUAGAUAAAACAUAUUCCACUGGUGUCCACCUUCCUCCAUUAACUGCUAUGGAAGCUUCAUUGUGUAUUCCCACUCGUCUAUCUCCCUUUUUUCUGUAAAAUAAAACCCUCUUGCUAACUAA